UGGUUCCAGCUGCCACUAGCUUCAUUAUUUAAGUGGUGGCACUCUCCGGGAAAGUUAGAGAUCCUGGCAUUUAUUUUGAAAGCAUAAUAUUUUCUCUUGUUCACUCCCACACAGCGCUUUUACCUUCACAAGUGGGGUUCCGCGGGGCAUGUCAAAGGGGUCCCAUCUUUAAUGGUUUCCGUUCUGGAUGGGGAAGAGGGGCAGUUUGGGACAGGAACUCCUAGAACUGUGAGCGGGAGCGAGAAAAUGGCCCUGGCCUGACCUCCUUUGACCAGAUUAGGAAUUCAGAGAAGCAUUUGCUUUUCAGGCAGCCCUGGUGACUUGGCAUGGAGAGCUGAACAAUCUGAUCUCUGUUCUGUCUUGGGUAAAAGUGCGACUUAGGCAGAUAUAUCUCUGCCUUAGCUGGAAGGUGGUUGUUCAUUUUGACCGCAAAGAAUAUUAGUGAGGAGAUCCCACAGUGAGCUUGGGGUUUCUGGUAUUUCAUAACCAGGAACCCAAAUGAAAAGCACCCAGUGUAGCAUAUGGUCCUAGAUAGCUUCCCAGUUUACAUGAUUGGUGACAGAUAGAUGGAAAUUUGACUUAUUUAUGCUCAUGAAAUGCCUCUCCAGCAUUUGUGGACUGACUUGUGUUUCAGAUCAAAGCCUCAGGGGCAGCAGUCUUAGGUGGCUGGGAGGUGUGUAAAUAUUUUAUGCGCUGAGAACUACGUAGCUGGAGCUGGCCGUUGUGAAAUCAUAGAAAUCAUACAGCACAGCUGGGGCAUCUUUCUGUUUGUUUGCUAAGCAGCUGCCAGGCCUCAUGUCACGGUAUAGAGUCACUGCUGUGUUUAGCAAUCACUUUGGAAUCCUCUACCAAGAAAAAACUACUCUUCGACUGCAGUGUGUCAGUACACAGGCGUUUAGAACUACCUGGAUGUGACAGGACCUCGUCACUCCUGCUGCAUUUCUGAGAUAUUUGGUGUGACUUGUGAUGCUUCCGGCCAGUCUUGCCACUUGAUGGAAUUUGAAAUGUCAGUUGAGGGAAGGAGAGGGAACCGAUUUUGAAAGUCCCCAAACCAGAAUCCUUUUGUUUCCUGCUCAUUCCCAUCUUUAGACGGCUGUUCAAAUGAGUUCCUUUCCCCUGUAUGUGUUUGCGUGGCAGAGCAGGAUGUGUUGGGUCUCACACAUGAGAAGCUGGGUGUUGGAAAAUGCACUCUGGAGGGGGGCUGAGUUCCAUGGAAGUUUCUUAAUCAGGCCUGUGUGGAGGUUUCACAUGUUGCCUUUGACCAUUUCUGGGCUCAUAUUAUCAACUUUUUAAAUCGGACUUUCUUUGCCUUGGGUUUUGAUUGUUGUGUUGUGGCUUUGUGACAGUAACAGACAGGAUGUGACACUUUUGCUGCAGUCUUUGGAGUGAUUGUCUGUGGUGGUAGGUAGUAAGUGGGAAGUUCAGUGCGUGCUUCAGAAAAAUCUUAAGUGCUGAUAAAUCAGUGUUACCGGGAGCUGCCUACUUUUAAUUUUCAUCAGAUUGUCUUCCACUCAGGCCCUUCCUUCAGUUAAUUAUCUUUUUUGGCCCACAAUUUUGUGCACAUGUUCCUUCUGAGAAAGGAAUUGGGAGAUCACCCUGAGCCUCUCACUGCUUGUGUGUGCACUGUAAUCACUUCCUGGAGGCCUCGUGAUGGCUGUGAGGGUGGAGCAGAACUUUAUAGCCUCUUCGACAAGUGCCGUCCUGGCCCACUGCUCAGUCAGACCCAUCUACAGGCAGGGCGGACAGGUUGUGUUUCCUUCCAGGAACCUGUAAGGUCCACGAUUUGGUUGAAAGAUGUCGGCCCUCACUACCCUGUUUAAGUAUGUUGAUGAAAAUCAGGAUCGCUACAUUAAGAAACUCGCGGAAUGGGUGGCCAUCCAGAGUGUAUCUGCGUGGCCCGAGAAGAGAGGUGAAAUCAGGCGGAUGCUGGAGGUCGCUGCGGCGGACAUCAAGCAGCUGGGGGGCUCUGUGGAACUGGCAGAUAUUGGGAAACAGAAGCUCCCUGAUGGGUCCGAGAUACCACUUCCUCCCAUUUUACUCGGCAAGCUGGGCUCCGACCGGAAGAAAACCGUGUGUAUUUACGGACAUCUGGACGUGCAGCCGGCAGCCCUCGAGGACGGCUGGGAUAGCGAACCCUUCACCCUGGUGGAACGCGACGGCAAAUUGUAUGGGAGAGGCGCAACCGAUGAUAAGGGGCCGGUGGCCGGCUGGCUGAAUGCCCUGGAAGCCUUCCAGAAAACGAAUCAGGAGAUCCCGGUUAACGUCCGAUUCUGUCUAGAGGGCAUGGAGGAGUCGGGCUCGGAAGGCCUGGAUGAGCUGAUAUUUUCGCGGAAGGACACAUUCUUUAAAGACGUGGACUACGUGUGCAUUUCUGACAACUACUGGCUGGGAAAGAAGCCGUGCAUCACAUACGGUCUCAGGGGCAUUUGCUACUUUUUCAUUGAGGUGGAGUGCAGCGACAGAGACCUGCAUUCUGGCGUGUACGGAGGCUCGGUGCACGAGGCCAUGACAGAUCUCAUCUUGCUGAUGGGCUCUCUGAUGGACAAGAAGGGAAAGAUCCUCAUCCCAGGCAUCAGUGAGGCGGUGGCCCCCGUGACCGAGGAGGAGCUGGCACUCUACGACAAGAUCGACUUUGACCUGGACGAGUACACCAGGGACGUGGGGGCAGAGACUCUGCUGCACGGGUGCAAGAAAGACAUCCUGAUGCACAGAUGGCGGAACCCGUCCCUCUCCCUCCACGGGAUUGAAGGCGCCUCUGGGUCGGGGGCCAAGACUGUGAUCCCUAGGAAAGGUGGCAAGUUCUCCAUCAGGCUCGUGCCGAACAUGACUCCUGAAGUUGUGAGCGAGCAGGUUACGAGCUACCUGACGAAGAAAUUUGCUGAACUGCACAGCCCCAACAAGUUCAAGGUGUACAUGGGCCACGGUGGGAAACCCUGGGUGUCGGACUUCAAUCACCCUCAUUACAUGGCUGGGAGAAGAGCCCUGAAAACAGUGUUUGGUGUCGAGCCGGACUUGACCAGGGAAGGUGGCAGUAUUCCUGUGAUGACCUUUCAGGAAGCCACAGGGAAGAAUGUUAUGCUGCUGCCUGUGGGCUCAGCCGAUGAUGGCGCCCACUCCCAGAACGAGAAACUCAACAGGCUUAACUACAUAGAAGGAACCAAGAUGCUGGCUGCGUACCUGUAUGAGGUGUCUCAGCUGGAGAAGUGAGACGGCCCCGUCUUCCCCGGAGCACUGCCGGAGGAUCCCGCCCUCUGCCCCCGCCCCGUGCUCUCUUCUGAUCGCUGAGGAGAGCAAGCCCAUCUCUCUCCUUUCCCUCUUGUCAGUAACAGACUGGAUGACAGCUGAGUUCUCAGAGGUGGUCAGCGUGAGGGGCUCUGGAAAAUAGCCAAGAUCUGAAAGCACACGUUCUGCGGGAGGUUCUGUUGGCAUCCAGUUGGGCUGAACAGAGGUCUGGGUGCUUUCUGUCCCAUCUCUGCUUCUGACUCGGGCUCGUGCGCACUCAGGAUAUUAAUCGGGGGGCCCACCCUUUCCGAUCCCUCACUGUUGUGCGGUUCUGUCCUUUCUCGAGACCUUAAACCGUGACUAGUGUUUCCUGUCUUCUCUUCAUUAUGAUUCCUCAAAACCUAAGCCUAAGUGGAAUGAUUCGUUGUUCUCAGUAUGUGCUGCUAAAUAAAAAGUAAAAAUGAAGCGUC